AUGCCGUUGACGCGGUACCAGAUACGGAACGAGUACGGCUUGGCCGAUCCGGAGCUCUACAAAGCCGCCGAUAGAGAUGAUCCCGAGGCCUUGCUGGAAGGCGUCGCCAUGGCCGGCCUCGUCGGCGUGUUGCGUCAGCUCGGCGACCUUGCCGAGUUUGCUGCUGAAAUAUUUCAUGAUUUGCAUGAAGAAGUAAUGGCAACGGCUACAAGAGGCCAUGGUCUAAUGGUUCGCGUCCAACAGCUUGAAGCAGAUUUUCCUACAAUUGAGAAGGCACUUUUAUUACAGACUAAUCAUUCAUCAUUCUUUUCAAAUUCAGGUGUUGACUGGCAUCCUAAUUUGCUUUCGGAACAGAAUCUGAUCACCUGUGGAGACUUACCUCGCUUUGUAAUGGAUUCUUAUGAAGAAUGCCGGGGUCCUCCUCGGUUGUUCCUUCUGGACAAGUUUGAUGUUGCUGGGGCGGGAGCAUGUUUAAAGCGAUACACUGAUCCGUCAUUCUUUAAAGUGGAAUCAGCAUAUUCAUUGGCAUCAGCGGAUAUACAGAGAGAAAGGAAGGCCCGUAAAGUAAAGCACAAGAAAGGAUCACGCUGGAGGAAUGGUGAAACCCCAGAAGUUUUACUGCCAUCACAUGCUAAACUGCAUGAGUUAUUUCUGGAGGAGCGCAUUGAGAAUGGUUACAGUGACCCUGCUCGUCGUGUGAAAUUAAAGAGAAGACAUUUGAAUGGAUCUGCAGUUGACUCAAGAACCAGGAAAAGUUACAUGGAUAAAUUUGUGGAGACUCAUUCUCCAGAGUGUAGACAGAUUUGUGCAACUUCUGUUACAUCCCCGCCUCUGAAUUUGAGCUCAGAUAAUAACAAUGAGUCGGGGCUUAGAAUACUUGACAUUAGUAUUGUGAGUCCUGCAGAAAAGUCUCCAGAAAGGGGUAAUGCUAGUUCUUUGACUAAUGAACAAGAAGUUGUAUCAAAACAAUUGAUGGAUACUUCAUACGGGGGAUCUUUUGAUGGAGAAAUUGCAAAGGGGUCUGAACCAAAUUCUGAUGGUGAAAGUGACAACAGCUAUUCUAACCUUCAAAUGGUAGCAGUUGAUAAGGAAUUGGAAGUUGAUGGAGAAGACAAAACUGAAGGCAGUGUAGAAGGAUACAGUUCUGAUGAUUUGCCCAGUGAGGUAGAUAAUUACGUGGAUGCUCUUGCUACUAUGGAGUCAGAACUGGAUACUGACAAUGAGUCCAGAGCUAAGAGCAAUCUACCUUCAAUGAAGGUUAACAAAUGCAGGACAGUCUCUGAUGCAAAUGAGGAGGUACAUGUAGAGCUUCAAGCUCAAUCUUUGGAUUCUCAAUCAAAUGAGAACUCUUCUACAUCAGAUGACUGGAAUAAUUCAUUCGAAAGAGAUAGAGCCAGUUUGAACUCUGACACUUUAAGCAAUUUGGCUGAGAAUACACCUUCAGAGUGUGAUGCAGCAGCUAAAGAACCAGCCACUGAAACUUGUGGAUCUGAGGGUACAUGCAUUGAGGAAGGUGUGAUCCCUGGUAGGGAAAUGAGUCCGACUCAACAACAUCCAGACCUCGGAGCAACCUCUCCUGUGGCUUCAUAUGUGGGAUCUUUAUUAGAUGAAACAUCCUCUGAUAAAAUCAAAGUUGGUUCUGAAUCAUUUGGCAUCAAAGAAAAUGGGACCAAUCUGGAUCAUCUCAUGGCAGUUGUUCCCGAUGAUUCUUCCCAGGCUAAGGAUGAGUUCACAAGUACUUCUCCCACACUUCCUCUAGUUGAAGCAGAUGAAAAAAAAUUAUGUGCCACUUCUGAUGAUUUACCGCACUUGAAAAAUGUUGAAGAAUUGGUUUCUGUGAAUCAUAGUGGUAAUGAUUCUGUGAAUGAAGUGUUUCAGGCAAAAUGUGCUGAUGAAGAUGCUGUGGGAAGCUUCGCCAGUAGAAAGAUUGAUUCACCACAUUUAAGUAUUCCAUCAACAGAAGCACAGCUGUUCCCCGCAGCAAUGAAAGAAGUACAAACAUCUUCGGGUACUACAAUACGGCCUCAUAGUUCAGAUGUUGCAAAGCCUGUUUACAGGGUUUCUCAAGUUGAUGAUCCUUUCAAGCCAACUGCAUUCAAAUCUGGCGUUAUACCAUGGAGACGUAUCUCAAGAGAGUCAUAUCCUGAAGGGGAUGCUCCACAGACACAUGUCCCAAAAGAGCAGAAGGACGAUCCACAGACACAUGUCCUAAAAGAGCAGAAGGAUGAUCCACAGACACAUGUCCUAAUGGCCCAGAAAAUCUCUGAUUUAGAUGAGGAUAUGUCUCACUCUAAAGAGAAAUUUAACAUUGAAGAGAGCUGUAGGACUCUGGAUGAUGAGGAGAUAGGCUUAUUCACCUGCAAUGUUGAUUUAGAGGGAGGAGAUUCUGCUUCUAAAGAAAUUCCAUCAAACCCUCCAACAUAUUCAGGCCAUGGGGAUCAUGUACUUUCAGCCAAUAUAGAACAUGCAACAGUUCAUGUCGAAGAUGUGGCUGCAUCCUCUGCUGCUGUUGUCAAAUUUGAUGAUAUCAAUGAUUUCAUUGAUACAUCUCCAGGCGCCACCAAUGUUGAUGCAGAGGAAGGAGAUUCUGUUUCUUUAGAACUUCCAUCAAACUCUCCAACUUAUUCAGGCCUUGGGAAUCUUGUAAUUUCAGACAAUAUAGUACCUGAAACAGUUCAUGGAGAAGAUCUGUCCUCUGCUGCUGUUGCCAAAUCUGAUGAUGUCAAUGAUAUUGACACAUCUCCAGACACACCUUGUUUUCCACCAUUAAAUUCUAUGAAUUUGCAUGAAUCUCUUCUGGACUCCAGGGAUCCUCAUCUCAAAGAAUCUGAAAUGGAUGAAGUAGCUUCUCCAAAAUCCGUGUCAGACUCAGAAAUGCAUAAGGAAGUGACUGAAGUUGUUUCGCCAGAUUCAGAGUCAGACCCAAACAAAUCGGUUGCUUAUGAUCCUUCCAUUUCAGAGGUAAAUGAUGACGAUCAUAACAUCUCCCUGGAUGAGCAGAAUGAACUCGGCGUGACUGUCUAUGAUGCCCACACAGCCUCAACAUCUCUGGAAAUGAACAAUCAUGAGUCCCGGUCACAAUCUCUGGAUCAGAGUUGUGGAGAGUAUCCUGGGUCAUCAUCUACCUCUGCCCUUCCAGAAGCUGACCUCCGAGAAGCUGAAACAAAGUUAGAAACUUCGUUGGAAUUGCAAGCUAAUCAAGUUCAAAUGGAGAAUUUGGAAAUAGACAGAGCAAGUGAUCAGGUAGAAGCUGCCUUAGAGCUGUCACCGGAAUUUCAGUCUGAUGAACUGGGUAUGGAAGAUUCACAAGACGAUCAAGUUAGUACCAACUCAUUAAAUUCUCAACAGAUUGUGUUUCCUAGUCAGCCAGAUAAGGAGAUAUCCAAUCUACCAUCCACCGAUCAUAUCAUUCAAGAGACAUGCUUGGAUGCUUCCUCUGAAUCUUUGCCUGAAAACUCUCCUAGUCAACCUUCAACUUCAAAGUUCUUUACAGAAUCAGCAGGCCAGGAAACUGAUAUUUUAAAGCAAAAGGUGGAACCAUUAGAAUCUAUUCUUCCUAACUUAGUCCAGCCACCUGUGGUUGAUCUUGAGGGCACGCCACCAUUGCCACCCCUACCACCUAUGCAGUGGAGGUUAGGAAUGAUGCAACAUACUUCGCUAGCCUCACAUAGAGAUUUGGGUGGAGUUAGCAGUGGUACAUUCUUGCCAAUGCAGUCACUGAAAGCUGAUGAGAAAGCUCAAUUUGAUCUAGUGCCACAGAGAGAGCUACUGCAGCCUCAGAACCCAUUUUUAUCUCUCACAUCAGAAGAAGAUAUAGAGUCCCAACCCAUUUUUGAACCUGUUGUGGGCCAUGAGGUGUCUCCUGCCCCAUAUCCACAAGUACCAACAGAUAAUGAUUCCAAUCAUCAGUACAAUUUCCCUGAUUUAGGGGGAAUGCAAUUCUCAAGCUCAUUCAUAUCGAAGGUCUCUGGUGACAACACUGGACACAAUGACAUUGUUUCAGAGGGAGAGAAGGGUCUGUCAAGUUUGGAGCCAUUCACAGUUCCUGGCAGUGAAUCUUCGACAUCUACACAAGACCCUGUAUUGUUACAUAGGGAAAUUGUCUAUCCUCACCAGUUGAUGCCGGAAGGUUUAGAGCUUGAGGUACUUCAACAAUCAUUCAAUAAUUCGGAAAUGGAACAAGCUAGACCUCUUGCCGCAUUUGUGACAGCACCAACUGUGGAAGAUGAGCAGCCUCAGCAUAGUUUGCCAACAACAGAGGGAGGACAGGUUCAUUCUACUUCAAAGCCAUUAAUAAUACCAGGAACUGAAUGCACAACUUCUGAACUUGACUCUUCAUUUCCUCAUGGGGAAACUAUCCAACCCCCGCAGCAAGUAACACAGGAUUCAGGUCUAGAGCCUGAGGAUCUUUGCCGUUCAUUGAGAAUCUCAGAAAGGGAACAAGAAAAGCCUCUUGCUACAUCAGUGACAGCGACAACUACGGUAGAUGAGAAGCCUCAGUAUGGUUUGUCAACAUCAGGGGGAGAAACAGCAUGGUCAUCAAAUACUUCUGAUGUAAUGCCGGACUCAGAAGUUGCAAAGUCUAAUGGAACUGUGAAUAAGAUCCCUCGUCCUAGAAAUCCCCUCAUUGAUGCUGUCACUGCUCAUGGCCAAAGCAAGUUGAAAAAGGCAAGUGAACGAAUUCAGCCUCAGAUUGAACCAAAGGUAGACGAAAGAGAUUCAUUUCUGCAACAGAUAAGAACUAAGUCCUUCAACCUGAAGCCUGCAACUGUGACAAGAUCCGCACCACGACCCAACAUUCAGGGUCACAAUCCCAACUUGAAGGUCAUCUCUCUCUUAGAGAAAAAAGCAAUUGCAAUCCGCCAGGCAUUUGCGGGAAGUGAUGAGGAUGAUGAUGACAGUUGGAGUGAUUCUUAGAGGAUUUAUUUUACGUCAACUUUUCACCCUGCAGUUAUUGUCUCGAACUGGCUGGUGGAUUCUCUUGCACCAGACAGCGUUUCUGUAGCUUGUAUUAUACGACCCCCACUCUCUUGCUGAAACAAAUAUUUGUAGUGUCACUCAGCGAAAUCUAGUGCAAGGCAAAAUGCCUAUAUACAAGAUGAAGCUGUAGCUCAGCGUGGAAGCGCGGCACAGUACCAAUCAACUUCUACAUAUAGCCAUAUUAUUAAGAUCUUGACAGGUGUAAAUUGUUGGAGUGCUAUAAAGUAGCAUGUAGCGUACUGAUAAUGAAAUUUUGUAAUGUUUGUACGUAAUGGUUCUGUAGUGCAUAUAUAAGUAUAUCCAUCAGUCCAUGUACUGUGUAUCGUGUUCAUAUAGCCAUGUCAAGGUGUUGAAGUAUUUUUGGGUGC